AUGGUGGCAUUGCGGGUGUUGCUGGCGACCGUGACUGUCGUGGCAGCCCUGCUGCCACUGGCGCGCGCCCAGUGCGCGCCGACCCUCACCUUCUUCCCCACCGGCGCCGAGGACUUCAACGUGCCGGUGGCCUGGGGACGCACGCAGCAGCGCAAGGCCGGCAACCCAUACAGCGACCAGCUCUUCACCGUGCUGCUGUCUUCAAACAACAACCUGCCCGGCAGCUUCGCAGCGGGCGUGCCCACACUGCAGGUCCUGCCCCAGCACCCCCUCCUGGUGCUGGGCGCGACCCACAUCAACUCGUCGUGCCGCGGCCUCGCCUCCGCGCCCGCGCGGCGCCGCAGACUGCUGGUGUCCGUGGUCCCGCCGGCGCGCGUGACCACGGUGCCGCGCGUCUCCAUCAGCUACCUGCUGGUGCCCCAGAACGUCCCCGCGCCGCCCGGCCCCGACAGCAUCGACAAGUUUGUCGCCCGCUAUGGUGCGGAGAACGCGACCAUCAACCCCGACAUGGCGGAGGCCGAGGUCAACCGGCAGGUGUCCAAGCUCUCUGAGCUGGCGGUCAGCACGAACAGCACUGUGGCUGAUGCCGCGAAGAAGGCGCUGCAGGCGUACUCGCAGCAGAUCAAGGCGAAGGCCGAGGAAGACGCGGCGGUGAUCUCGGAGGAGGCGGCUUUCGUGGCCGGCGGGCCGCCAAAGGCGGUGUUCCCGCUGCGCAAGAGCAUCCACGUGGGGGAGUUUGCGAGCUUGACACCCACGCCGCGCGUCAAGCUCGAGAACCUGGACACCCUGCCAGACGGGUACUACUGCAUGCAGAUUGUGGUGACGGUCAUGCGGGGCACGGGCUACAUGGGGGAGCACAAGGUGCCGGUGCGGGACAUCUCCACGAUGAGGGAGGUGUGCUUCUACAAGCUCGACACGCCCCCCACCGCGCGCGUCAAGUUCCACACCUGCGGCCCCAAGUUCUCCAUGGAGCUGACCGACAUCCAGCCUGUGCCCGUUGAGGUGUUCCCUGGCACCAGAAAGAUGCUGUUCACACCCGUGUACCACAUCAGGGGCAUGCUGAACCGGACAGCGCAGUGGUGGGUGCCUAUCCCCGAGGGCCACAAGCAGCGGUUUGACUUCUGGGCCGUGGUGGGCAAGUCGCCCUCCAACACGACAGUCUACGACUUCACACCAGAGGACACCCUGGCAGAGGGCUUCUGGCUCUUGGAGGUUGAUGGGGGCCUUCUGAGCGAGUUCCCGUCGCUGCUGACGACGGAGGCCGUCCAGAAGUUUGGGAAGGCCGCGGACGACCUGGAUGAGAUGGGCGUGUGGAAGGACAUGCCGGUGGCGCUGCAGGGGCUGCCCAAAUACGCAAGCGGCAAGAUGAACCUCACGCGGAUGGUGGGCCUGCAAGCCAAGGAGACGGCGUUCAACUCGUUCAACGGGCCGGACGGCGUCCCGAUAAACGAGGACUUCCAAUUCAGCUGGGACAUCGAUGGAUUUGGCCACCAGUACUGCUACCUCGACGGGGAGCGCCGGCAGAACGACGGCGACUUCAUGUGCAAGUCGCCCAUAAACGCACAGGUCAACGACGACAAGACAAACCACACGUUGCUCAUCCUCAUGCAGGACGUGUGCGGCAAGCGGCUGCGGGUGCUGGCGAAGUACGGCCUCUGGGGGUACUCACUGGAGGAGGCCACCGGCCGCAGCAGCGGCAAGGCCGACGGGGAGAUCAACGCGGGCAUCCCCGAGGUCCUGCUCAACGCCAGCACGCCCGACGCGCGCCGCGUCCGCACCAACGCGGCGGGCGGGGGCCUGCGGGGCGGGGGGGCGGCGGCGGUGGCGGCUGUUGCGGCGGCGGCGGCGGCGGUGGCAUUGUGGUUGUAG